AAAGUUUCUUGUUUUCAUGUCAGUUUUGUGUUGUGCGUAGUUGUGAUUGGUUUUCUAAUGGCUUAAUUAAUUUUCUUAUUAUUUUCUUUUACAAUUCCUAUAUAUUUUGGUUCGAGCUUGACCAGAUAUGGCACUGCUACCUCCAGAUCCAGUUUAUACAAUCAGAAAUGUUGACAAUGUUCCUGUUUAUUCAUUGGCAUUUAGCUUUUUACCCGGCGGACUGGAGAGGUUACUAGCCGGCUCUAAGAAUGGUUACGUUUAUGCAUACAACCUUCAGACUAACCGUGUACAGCAGAAAAUCCAAGUUGGUCAAGCUCCCAUAUUGCACAUUAUUCACACAGACACUCACUUCAUCACUCAAGAAAAGGGAGGAAACUACAAAAUAUUUUCUCUUACCAAUAACGGCUAUGAAGAAGAUGCUACCAUCGCCAUUGACUAUCCAGGUUUUUGCCGUUUUGAAGCCAACACAAAACUCAAUAUACUCUAUGUACCUGACAGUGAAUCAAAAAUACAUAUUUAUAACUUCUCUGGAGAGAAAACUGGUAGUUUGGAGCCUGACAGCGCAGCGCCAAAACUAGGAGAUCCUAUGUGUAUGAAAUUUAUUGAAUUUCCAUGUGAUAGACCGUGUCUCUUAGUAGGCUAUGAAGCAGGAUGGCUCCUGCUGUGGGAUCUCAACACUAGUCAAUGCAUUGGUAAACUGCAAACUAAACAAUGUCCAAUGUCAGUGGAAUAUCACCUUGAUCAACAGAGAGGUAUAAUUGGCACUGCGUCUAAUGUGAUACAAAUAUUUAGCAUAAGUAGAAAAGACUUAACUUUGGCUCAUAAGGCAGAUAUUACAAUCAAGAACCCAGGCGUAAACAAGGUCCUGUCCCGAUCAGACGGCAAGGUCUUCACAUCUGGUGGCUGGGAUGGACACAUCCGUAUAUUUUCAUGGUUCUCAUUACGUCCAUUAGUUGUUCUGACUGAACACAAACAAGCUGUGCAAGAUAUUGCCUACUCAUCGGAAAAAGUUUCUCAAUGGAAUGCCAAUAUCAUGGCGGCAGGGGGACUUGAUGGUGCUAUAACUCUUUGGAACUUAUAUAACAAUAAGAAUUGAUCCUGUAAUGCGUAUACAAUAUAUAAUGUAUAGAGCUUUGACUAUCAACUACUUGUUUUAAGUAGAAAAGAAUUAUUACUUUGCAACUAUGUUUCUCAGUUGUACAAAUCACGCCAGUAUUGCCUUUACUUAAAAUGUUAGAUACUAUUGAUCAUCCAGUAAUGCUUUAAUUAUUUUGAAGAUGUUAAUAUUAUAGAUUGCAAUAUUAUGCCAUUAUUAAUUAGUAGUACCUCUGAUUGGAUCUCAACAAAUGUACAAUAUAUUAACUAGAGGCAUACUAUUUUCAGCUUGUGCGGCCAAGCUGUUAGAAUGUAAGAACAAUGUUAAAUAUAGCAAUGAAUAUUUUCCGUGAAUGAUUUUAGCGAUGUUUUUUCAAUGAGACAAGACAUUAAAAUUAUGAAUUUUA